CCGUGACGAAUCUGCUUCUCCCAAUGUGAAGGUCCGGUCAGGCAGACACCAAGAAUCUUCCAUCGUUCCCAGCCCGCGCCGGUUUCCGUGGGGAAGGGAGCGUGAGCCUGGCUAAGAACAUGAACGACUGGGUGCCCAUCGCCAAGGAGUACGACCCCCUGAAAGCUGGCAGCAUCGAUGGCACGGAUGAAGACCCCCACGACCGUGCGGUCUGGAGGGCGAUGUUGGCGCGGUACGCCCCCAACAAGGGCGUCACGGGGGACCCCCUCCUCACCCUGUUCGUGGCGAGGCUCAACCUGCAGACCAAAGAGGAGAAGCUGAAGGAAGUGUUUUCCCGCUACGGGGACAUCCGGCGGCUCCGGCUGGUGAGGGACUUGGUCACGGGCUUCUCCAAAGGCUACGCCUUCAUCGAGUACAAGGAGGAGCGGGCCCUCCUCAAAGCGUACCGGGACGCCGACGGCCUGGUCAUCGACCAGCACGAGAUCUUCGUGGACUACGAACUGGAGAGGACCCUCAAAGGGUGGAUCCCCCGGCGACUCGGAGGAGGUCUGGGGGGGAAGAAGGAAUCGGGGCAACUGAGAUUCGGGGGGCGGGACCGGCCCUUCCGCAAGCCCAUUAAUUUGCCUGUUAUUAAAAACGACCCGUACAGAGAGGGGAAGAGGGAGAAGAGGGAGCGGUCCCGGUCCCGAGAGAGGCGCUGGGAGUCGCGGCCCCGGGACCGGGACCAUGACCGGGGCCGGGAGAAGAGGCGGCAGGAGCGGGAGCCAGCCCGGGCGUGGCCCGACAACGACUGGGAGAGGGAGAGGGACUUCCGAGAGGACAGGGUCAAGGGCAGGGAGAAGAAAGACAGGAGUAAGUAGAGGCCCGACGCCCCCGGCCACAGAGCCCGAAGCAGGGCGGAGGGGCCCGCGCGGCUUUUACACGGAGGACGAGUCCAGUGCCGACGAAGCGCAGGUGCCAGCUGACCGCCGAUGCUGGGAGUCUCUCUUCCUCACCGUGGGUCGCUUGGGACACGCUUCUGACCGUGCUCGCCGGCCUCCGCACGGAGGGGCGCGGCCAGGGAGCACCGGUGUUCAAUUUGGUGGUGAUGGUCUGGUACCGGUCUUUAAUUUUGGCAGGGAAUUCGUUUGGAGAAUUUUAUUUUCUCCCAUCUCUUAGAAAGCGACCAUUUCGAGUGCUUGGCAAAAAGAAGGCAUGACCAAAAAUCAUUCGUAUUGAUCUGUGACUCCUGGCAGCCCGGCCCUGGUCAGAGUAACUUGCAUCUCUUCCACCUCCUUGUGCACAGAGCAAGGGGUGGUGGAACCGCCAUAAAGACGGGGCGGAAAAGCGAAUCCAGGGAGGAGGGACGUCCAGAGACUGGGCACCCAAGCCGGCCUGAGCUGUGAUCCAGGCGGCGGCCAGCUGCUCCUGAGCAGAUGUUACUCCGUGCUUGAGCUACAUGCUGCCUUUGUCUUUUUUUUUUUUUUUGAGCUACAUGCUGCCUUUGUCUUUUUUUUUUUUCCUGGAUGGGAGGCUGACAUUUAAGAUGAAACACCAGCCCUGGGGGGCGUGGCUCAGUGGCUUGAGCACCGAAAGGCCGCCUGUUGCACUCCCAGUCAGGGCAUGCGCCUGGGUCACGUGCCAGCGCCCCAGCAGAGGGCGUGCGAGAGGCAACCGGUCUACGUGUCUCCCCUACAUUGGUGUUUGUCUCCUCUCUCCCUUUCUCUAAAAGUAAAUAAAGUCUUUUAAGACAAAUUAAAAAA